CAUCUGUAUAUUCAUAUUUGUAUUCAUCUGUACGUACACUGAGGUGUUCAUAGUGUACAUAUUAUUAUUAUUAUUAUUAUUAUUAUUAUUAUUAUUAUUAUUAUUAUUUACUGUUAUUAUUAUUAUUUUUCUAUUCCUAUUGUAUAUAUUUUUUAGACAUUUUUUUCAAUUCUAUUCCUAUUUAAUGUGUAUUCUUUCCUGUGUGUUUUUGUUUUGUGUGUAAUUGAACUGCUGUAACGGGGGAAUUUCCCCAGAGUGGGAUCAAUAAAGUUUUUUUUUAUCUCAUGUCUUUAUUAGAUACGUUCUGUCUAAUGCAAUCAAGAUUUCAUCAAGACCUGUUUUUGUUAUUUGAACUCUUUUUUUGGUCAAUGCACUUUCUAACUGCACACUAUUUAGACAAUCUGAUGGCUAGUGUCUCUUUUACUUUACACGUUUACUGCCUCUGUUUUUUUAGUGCACUCCAGCCUGCCUACCUCACAUUAGUACUUGUAGUAUAUCAGACAUCGUUUAGUGUAUAUACUGUAUAUCCUAAUAUAUAUCCUACUCCACCGUGCAGUGCAAUUUCCAACCAAUUUAUAACACUUUCUCUAACAGUAAUGAUGGCUUAUCGUAAUGAAUGCAGGGUAAGAAUGUCAUAACUUCCGGGAUUAAUGUGCAUAUGGCAAUAAUAAUAACUCUUGAAUCUUGAAUCCAUCUCGUACUCAUGGGACAGCGUUGCAUUGUGUCCUAUUAAACCCCCACCCAGGUGAGUCUGACUGACACGUCACGUGACUGCACUGACCCUAAUUCUCACCUACAUGAAUAUGUACGCACGUCGACGCUGAGAGCACGCGGUGACCUCUGCGUAUAGCGGUGCGCUCGUGAUCCGGACAGCCUACAGCGCGUGCUAAACGUCUUCAAAUCAACGACUCACGAGCCGAGGGUCACGUCAGAAGUAGCAGAUCUUUGCAACAUUUCUCACCUGAGCGCGAGAUUUUUUUGUGUGUGCCUUAAGUGCGUUAUCCUGGAGCGCGCGCUCUGUGUAAUGAAGAGCCGGUUGGCUGUUGGAUGGACCGGACCUGACCGGACUGACUCCGCACGCGCACACCGCUCGCUGCCAGUGAAGUUAACUCCCCGGUCCUCAAUCAGGUCGCAAGCGCCUCGGUGUCUCCGGUGGCGUCUCCGUCCGGUUGCAUUCCCCCUACACCAACCCGGCCGUGGAGAGCUGAGCGCGUGGCAGCAUGGAGGAACUGGCGCGUGAGAGCAUCCGCAGCAUCAGCCUGCUGUACAAACCGGCCCGAGGUACCGAAGCAGCACCGCGUCUCGGCUCAUUCGGUGCAGUUUUCAUCAUGCUGAAGUCUGCACUCGGAGCCGGACUCCUCAACUUCCCCUGGGCUUUCGAGAAGGCAGGAGGUGUGAGCAGAGCCGUCAGUGUAGAGAUGGUGUCUCUGAUAUUCCUGAUCAGCGGCCUGGUGAUCCUCGGGUACGCCUCGUCUAUCAGCCGGCAGAACACGUAUCACGACGUGGUGAGAGAAGUGUGCGGCCGCAGGAUCGGUUAUCUCUGUGAGAUCUGCUUCGUCUUUAACCUCUUCAUGAUCUCUGUGGCCUUCCUCGUGGUGGUGCAGGACCAGCUGGAGAAGUUGUGUUUGUCCUUAUAUGAAAUGGUGACAGGAGCAACGGUGAUGCAACAUCACUGGUAUACAGAUCAGAGCGUCGCACUCUUCAUCGUGUGCCUCGUCAUCAUCCUCCCUCUGUCCAUCCCCAGAGAAAUCAGCAUCCAGAAAUACACCAGUGUAUUAGGAACCCUGGCUGCUACGUACCUCGGCGUGGCUGUAAUUGUUAAAUAUUACCUGAAAGAGGAGCACAAUGCAGAUCUCCGUCCUCAGUGCACAGGGUUGGACUCGUGGGCCUCCAUGUUCAGCGUCGUUCCCACCAUCUGCUUCGGCUUCCAGUGCCAUGAAGCCUGCAUUGCUAUUUAUAGCAGCAUGGAAAACAAAAAGAUCAGUCACUGGGUCUUCAUCUCUGUAGUGUCCAUGAUCUUCUGUCUGCUCAUCUACACUCUCACAGGAGUGUUCGGUUUCCUCACAUUUGGACGGAGCGUGGCGUCGGAUAUUCUGAUGUCAUAUCCUGGAAACGAUGUGGCGAUGAUCAUCGCCAGGCUGCUGUUUGGGAUCUCCAUCAUCACAGUCUAUCCCAUAAUACUUCUCCUGGGCAGGACCGUCAUCCUGGCGUUGGUGCUGCGUCACCAGGAGCGACGCGCCAUGGUUACGGUGGAGUUCGAGUGCCGUUGUCGAGUGCUUCUGACCGUCCUGUGGAUCGCCGUGACGCUUCUCAUUGCUGUCUACGUUCCGGACAUGAGUGACGUCAUUAGUGUGAUCGGAGGAAUCAGCGCCUUCUUUAUCUUCAUUUUUCCUGGGCUGUGUCUCAUUUUCGCCAUGCAGACAGAACCAUUAGAUCACAGAUUAAAGAUGUUCCUGACAGGAUGGGGCGUCAUCACUGUUGUCGUUGGAGCCUUCAUCUUUGGCCAGAGUACCACCGUCGCUGUCAUGGAGUUCAAACACAAGGCUUGAUCAUCAUCAUCAUUAUAUUAUAUUAUUAUUAUUUUAUUAAUUACAAAAUGAAUAAAGACAGGGUUUAUCUGAUGCUGAUGCUGGAGGAAUUCGUCCUACUUACUUACCUCCAUCAUCCACAUUUUUACUGUUUCCGAGUAGAAAUAAUGAGCAGUUUAAUCAGGUUUAAUACAUUUAAUUAAAUUGUCUAACAUGAGAAUAUAUUUAGCUAGCAUUGGAUUGAGUAUUAAUACGAGAGUUUAAAUUAGCCCACUGUCAGACGUUUCCUUAAAAAAAAAUAAAAGAAGAUUUUAACUCACUGAUUGAGGAUAGUUUUUGAUUGGAUCCA